UGUCCGGUGCGACCCACGCUGGAACUGCCUGGAACGGUGCGACGCUAUAACUGCCCCACUGGACCUUCCGUGCGACACCCACGCAAUGCGACAUGUUGCACGCCCGCGACAUUGGCUGCUCCCUCUGGUAUAACCGCUACGGGUGGCAUAUUCCACCAACCACUAUUCGUUGCCAACCCCGUCUCCAAACACCCAUCCCACACUAGCCACCACCACUAGUGCGAUGUCGCCACCUCCCACGCCCUUGGUGCCGCUUUCUCGUGCUGCCUCUGGCCCUGACCCUCCACAUCCUCCCCCCUCCCAACCGACCCAGCAACACCUCCUGCCCCCUGGAGCCGAUCCUGCCCACGAAUCUAGUGCUGGCACCCUCGCGGACGCCCCGCCGUCCGCCUUGCCCCCCAUCAGGCCGCUCAGCUACAUCUCCACGGCCCCCAACGUUAGGGGGAUAGGCUCUCGUCUCAACUCCCUAAACAUCAUCUCCGACUACUACUUCAGGCACAGGCCACAUCCGUCCCACGUCGCCACCCUGGCGUUCCACCCCAGGAGCUGGGUCCCUCCUCCUGACACCGACUUGUCUGUCAACGUCCUCCCGUCGCCCUUGCGCAACGUGGGCUCCUCUGCCCCAGAAGAUACCCAGAUGUCGGAGGAAUCCGACCUGCGCUACUCAGAGGCAGAACUCAACCAAAGCGACGAUGAAAUCGAUAUCAGCUAUACCGAGCUGGAAGCCCAGCGCGCCAUUCAAUUCAUUGAUUCCAUCGACGUGGCAGGUGAUUCCAGCGAAAGCGAACUGGAAAUGCCACCAGAGAGACCCUCGGACAUCGACGCAACCGAGCGACUCUUACUCUCAUCUGCAAGGCAGAAUACCUCGGGCUCGAACCGCUUGAUAACUCGCCUCAUCUCCUUUAACAGUUUCGAUCUGCGUAACAACCCCACAGGAAACGGAUCGGCAGUCCCCCUCCAAAGACAGAACGCCAUACGAAGCCGUACUAGAAACUCCAACAAGUGUGUUUUCUACAGAAAUGGUGCAGAUCAGCAGACCGAAGAUUCUAAGAACGAGCUCGAAUCAACCAUGGAGCGUAUCAAGCAAAACUCCGCUAAUCUCAUCAAGGAUAUCGAUCAGUUUCUACACAUCAUUCGGGGUCAAAAAUCAAACCAUAAUUUAUUUCAUGGUGGUUCCGAGGAGUUAGAUUUAGUGUACGCCUUCAAGAUGACAGGUUUGGAGCACAACUUCCAUUUGGAAGGCAAGAUGGACGCAUUUUUGAGACUUAGACAGAGUCCGGCAUUGUGGUCUCGUAAGUUGUUGGGCAGGGAACCGGAAGAAUCCACCUCUACUGCAAAGAGAAGGUAUGUGUCCCAAAGCCCAUUCAAAUCAAACAAAAAGAGAAAGUUAGCAUCAGCUGGUCCUGGUACUGAAACUGCGAAAUUCAAUCGAGAGUCCACCGCUUUAACAUUAAUGCAUCAAUUGUCCCCAAGUGAGAAGUAUAGGAUAUUAAGUGUGCAGUUCAGUUCGUAUUUCAAAUCAGGUUCAUGUUUUGGGGUAAGGAUUUCCAAUGAGGAGAAUGCAUACAGUGAUUUGUAUCUCACCAACGUUGACUAUCACCGAAAAUCUAUCGAUGGUGUCUUUCGAGUUAUGGAAGAUGACAAAUUCAACCAAAUCGACUACUGGAAGAGACUUUUCAAGCAUGCAAAGUUUUUCUGUGGAGAAAACAGCCUUCUUCAGGAUAAAAUACUGGGCUGUUCCGCAUUGGCAAGGAGACUAUUUCUCUUAGAAAGAGCUGAGUAUGAUUUAAUAUUGAGUCUCGCAACUAAUACUGAUUGCAAAAAACCAAUGCCGUUAAAUUUCAAUAUUCCAUUCCGAGGUCGAAUUAUUGAUUUUAAAAUGAAUGACUUGAGGUUUCUAUCAUCUAAUUCCAAAAAGAACCCAGUAAAUGAUUCUUACGCAUUUACGAAGCAUCUGUCGCAAACUUUCAAAUACAAUUUAGCGAAUUUGCAAUUGAUAGAAUGGAUGAGGUUGCAGCCAUUCCAAGAGUAUAAGGAUUGUUAUCUUGAGAUGUACGCACAGGAAUUGAAAGAGCUGCUUGAGAAUAUUUCUCAGGAAGGGCCCAAGUAUGGCCUGCAACAGACAAUUGACUUAGCCAAGGAAUUCAAAAGCACAGUUCAUUUACUCACCAAGUCAUACACAGUGGAUGAUUGUUGUUCUGCAACUGCCAGUCAGGUAGAUCCCAGACAUACCUCGGACAGAUAUUAUCACCAAAAUUGGGAAAAGCGCUUGAGUAAGGAAUUGUUGGAGAACUUGACUAGUGAUGGAUAUGAAAGCUUGUUGAAUGUUCAACUCAAUUACAUUUUAUUCACCUUGAAAGUCGACCUUAUAGAGUUUUUGGAUAAUAUACUCAACUGCAUACUUGAAACAUUCAAAAAUCAACAUGUCAACAACGAGAGUAAAGAAUUCAGGUAUUUGAUGCAAAUAACUCAACUAUUUGACGUCGACAAUGUUACAAAUGAGGAUAUUCUGGCCAUUCUCUUAUGUUCGAUGAAUAGGAAGACAGGCAAAGUACACAUUCACAAUACAUUGCCAUACAUCAAUUAUAAGAACCAGAGUUCUCGAAGAGUGAUCGGAGUAGUUGAUAGUGGUGUUUCCAGAUACAAUUCUAGCGGAGUUCCUUCUUCGUUCAAUUCUGCUCCAUUCAACUCGUGGCUCGAUAAUGAGGAUAUACGAGAAAGAUACAUGAGAGAAGAUCGGCAUCGAUUUGACCAGGAGCGUCCUCGGGUAGUCGAUCCCUAUAUUGAUGGUCAGAAUAUCGAUAUGUAUGGAUAUUCCAAGCAAGAAGGUGCUUUGGGAGGGGGAAGUCCCAGCUUCGAUGUUUUGUAAAAUAUUAGCUAGAGGUCUAGCAUUUUUUUAAGGGUUAUUUUUUAUAGGUCAGGUAAUGG